GACAAGAAAAAAAAGGGAGAAAUUCACACAAGCGAAGCCAUCGUCUUCCUCCUCGCGCUGAGGAGAGGAGAGGUGAGCUCGCGACGAUGGCCAUGGCGAGCGGCAACAACGGCGGCGGCGGAGGAGGAGGAGGGAACGGGGGCGGGAACAAGGUGUUCAGCCUGCGGCUGCAGUACUACUGCGUGCUGGCGGCGGUGGUGGUGGCCGUCAUGGUGCUGUCGCUGGCGUUCGUCUCGCCGUCGGCCAUGGGCGCGGUCAGGCAGAACCUCGGCGCCGCCGUCGUCGCCGCCGCCGCUGGGGCAGCGAACGCUUCUGCCAGCGGAGCGGGAGCCGCGGCGGAGGCGGCGGCGGCGGCGGAGAGUGAGGCUUCGUCGUCGGUGGUGCUGUUCAACUUCGGCGACUCCAACUCCGACACGGGGGGCGUGGCGGCGGCGGGGGGCAUCCGCAUCAUGCCGCCGGAGGGCCGCACCUACUUCCACCACCCCACCGGCCGCCUCUCCGACGGCCGCGUCAUCAUCGACUUCAUCUGUGAGAGUUUGAAUACACGUGAACUGAACCCAUACCUGAAGUCAAUCGGUUCAGACUACAGCAAUGGUGUCAACUUCGCUAUGGCUGGCUCAACAGUAUCACACGGUGUCUCUCCCUACUCCUUGAAUGUCCAAGUCGACCAGUUUGUCUACUUCAAGCACAGAUCCCUGGAGCUCUUCGAACGAGGACAAAAAGGCCCAGUGAGCAAGGAGGGCUUCGAGAACGCUCUAUACAUGAUGGACAUUGGCCACAACGAUGUGGCUGGUGUGAUGCACACACCAUCUGAUAAGUGGGACAAGAAGUUCACAGAGAUUGUCGGUGAGAUCAAAGACGCGAUUCGGAUUCUGUAUGACAACGGCGCAAGGAAGUUCUGGAUACAUGGCACCGGCGCCCUUGGCUGCCUGCCUGCACUGGUGGUGCAGGAGAAGGGUAAGCAUGACGCCCAUGGCUGCCUGGCAAAAUACAACAAGGCUGCGCAGCAGUUCAACACGAAGCUGAGUGACCUCUGCGACGAAAUGCGGCUGCAGCUAAAGAACGCCACCGUCGUGUACACCGACAUGUUUGCCAUUAAGUACGACUUCGUCGCCAACCACACCAAAUACGGGAUUAAGUGGCCAUUGAUGGUGUGCUGUGGUAACGGUGGGCCUCCAUAUAACUUCAAGCCAGGGAAAUUCGGGUGUGAUGAUCUCUGCGAGCCAGGAUCGAAGGUGCUAAGCUGGGAUGGUGUUCACUUCACUGAUUUCGGCAGCGGCCUUGCGGCUAAGCUUGCGAUGAGUGGUGAGUACUCCAAGCCCAGAGUGAAGCUGGCAAGCCUGGUCAAUGGUGGCUCCAACAAAUCAUCCGAUUCUUGAUGCUGAUAAAUGAAAAAAGAAAUAUCAUCUGGAUGAGUCAUGGAUCCAUGGAGGAUAGUGAUGGAACACUUCACAUUAUGAUGACAAGUAAUGUGAUUGAUGGAGAUGUCCCAACAGACAGAUUGGUUCUUACAUUGGUUAGCAGUUUAGCAGCUUGUUGGAUACAAAAAGAAAAUUUUAAAGUUACAGUGGAGAAGCACCUUCAGCUACAAAAGUAGAGGAGUUCAUGGGUUUUUCUUAAUUUUUGAAUUGAGUACAAAGAUUUUGUACUGUUGAUGUACGUGUAUAGACAAUUUCAUGGCAGCUGCAAGCUUCCAGACCUCAGGAAAAUUGAUGUACCAUAGUUUUACUUUCACCUCUUCAGAGAAAGGCAUUACAAGAACUGUUACUUCCAAUUUGUCUUGCAGUUUUUA